AUGCCCUGCUUUCUGAACCUCCACAGCACCGUCGAGCGGCCCGAGCCGGAGCUGCGGUGCUGGACGGAGCACCAGCAGGAGGCCCAGGAGCGGAAGAACGAGAUCCUGGAGGUUGUGAAAGGUCGGCUCACCAAGACCAUGCCGGAGCUCUUCGGUGGUAUGGAGGCGGCCUUGCUCUUCCUGGGCCAUCACUGGCCUUUGCACUGCGCGGGCGGGCAGUACGCUGUGGAGCUCUGGUCGCCGGAGAUCGCGCGGCGGCGCGUGGGGGUGGUGAACAACUCCAAGAAGGGCGUGUGCCUCAGCUUCCCCUGGGAGAUGUCCGCCACACUGCAGCCGCGGCGGCGGCUCUUCGCGGCCUUCGCCAGCGAGCGGGGCCGAGGGCGCAGUUCUCCGAGCGCGCCGCUGCCGGCGCCGGACCUGGACGGCGCAAGCGUCGAGCGGCCGCAGGCGCUGCACAAAGCGCUGCUGGCGGCGCAGGAGCUGCUGUGGGAGGACGCCGUCUUCCAGUCCCUGCGCCGCAAGGUCCGCAAGGCGUCCGAAGAAUCCUGCGGCCGCUGGAAGGUGCUAAGGGCCUCGAAGCUUGAGGUGAGCUUCCAGGUGGUCUUGGAUGCCGGCGCGCUGCCGGCGGAAGUGACCCUGGGAAUGAAGGACACCUCCAACGCGGAGCCCGAGGCGGAGGGUUCAGGGCCUUGGUGCUGGCUGGCGGACCUGACCGUGCAGCACCUGCGGUCUCAGCGCCGAGACGCGGCCAAGACCCAAGCGGAGGCGAGCGCGGACGCGGAGGAUGCUGAGUCGCUGGAGGCGUUCCAAGCUUGGCUGCAACCUCGGCUUGAGGCUGCUGCGCAGUUCUCGCGCGAAAAGGUGCGGCCAGCAGAAAGGCGAACCCCAUCGCACGUGAAGCAAAGGCUCUCAGACCAAAGGUGUCGAUUGCCCGCCAUGGACGCCAUCCGCGCAUUGCAGCAGCAGCUGAUGGAGGCCCAGAAGGCCUCCAACGUGCGGAAGAUCUCGGAGCGAAACUGUAUCGACUUGGUGCAGAAGCUCAUCGCAACUGAUCAGGUGAAGCUCUUCCACACCAGCAAUGGCAAGGAAUACCUCACUCCGGAGCAGCUGGACAACGAGAUUCGCGACAGCAUUGAGGCCUGUGGUGGCCGGAUCUCGGUGACAGAGCUGCCCAACGAGAUCGGCAUCGCCCUGGAGCACGUGGAGAGCCGUGUGGAGAUGUUGCGGAAGCGCGACAGCUCCUUGCACAAGAUCCACAACGAGCUGUUCUCGCAGCAGUACCUGCAGCAGGUGGCCCAGGAGAUCGAGGAGAGCUUGCAGGAGAGCGGCUGCAUGGCGGUGUCGGACCUGGCCAGUAGAUACAACCUGCCAGCAGAGUACAUCCGCAACUCGGUGCUCGUGCUGCUGAGCAUGUCCGAGGCGGUGGUGAGGCAGAGCACUGUGCACACCAGCUCUUAUGCUGCCCGAGUGGAGGCCCGGGUCAGGGGCUGCCUUCGAGCGUGCACGGAGCCGGCGGCGCUGGCGCAGCUUGCGGCGAGGCAUGGCUUGGACGCGGAGCUGCUGGCCAGCGAAGUCCAGAAGCUGAUCCGGGAGGAGGUGGUGCAGGGCAAGCUGCAGGGCGGCACCUUCACGCCGAAGUGCUACACGGAGCUGGAGACCAAGAAGGUGGACAGCUUCUUCGAGUGCAACGGCUAUUUGACCACCUCCAUGGUCAAGCCCAGUGGGCUUACGUUGAAGGAGUGGGUGGCACAACGCAAGGCGGAUGGCUACACUUUGCUUUCCUGCUUCGUGUCGCGGCACAUGGUGGAGGAGGUCCUCGCUGCCGUCUCCGAGGCCGUGGCUGCGGAGUCCUGGGUGGAUGCUCACGCGCUGCUGCCGCCGGCGCUGGCGGCCGCUGAGGCGGCUGAGUUGCUGCUGCAGCUGUCCAGCCAGAAGAAGCUGUCCAACUCCGCGGUGCUUUUGGAGCACGUGGCGGCGAGCAAUGCCUUGCUGCAAGGCAUCGCCAAGUCGUUGGACUCGGAGGUGCAGAAGGCGGCGGAGCGGUCGCUGAAGCCCAAGGCCAAGGAGGAGGAGGGCGACUCCAAGAAGAAGAAAGGCGCCAAGGCCAAGAAGAAGAAAGGCGAAGAAGACGAUGCGGAGGAGCCCUCACGUGGCAAGGAGUCAGGCGUGCCCAAUGACGCUAUCCUGAACCUCCUAGCGGACCAGCACCCAGAUCUGCCGCUGGAGGUUCAGGACGACCUUUGCGCCAAGGUGCAGAGCUUGCUGGCCGUCCAGGUGUCCGACACUGCGGAGAAGCUUCGAUCCACCUUGCAGACCAAGCAGAAGCAGCUCUUUGAACAGGCGGACAAGUUGGUGCAGGAGCGCUACGAGGAGCUGGUGCUGGGCAGCCGGGCCCUGGGCCUCGCGAAGCUCCAGGACUCGCCGCUGUACCAGCACCUGCUGAGGGAGGUGGUGGUGGAGCCACUGCACGCCUUGAUCGCCGUGCGCCUGGAGGAGGCCACCGGCACGGCCCCGGAGGUCACCGCCGGCAAUCGCAAGCAGUGCUUGGACAAGCUGGCGGCCGCAGAGGGCAAGCCGCCGGACUCGCUGCUGAGGCUCGCAGCGGCUUUGGCCAAGAAAGACACCAAGGAGACAAAGGAAGGCAAGGACGCGAAAGAUGGGAAGGAGGGCAAAGAGAAGGAGAAGAAACCAAAGAAGGGGGAGAAGGAGGACGAAGGCGAGAUCUCGGAAGUUUAUCAUGCAGCAGCCGAUGACAGCCACAUCUACUGCCGCAAGGUGGACAAGAAGAGAGAGAAGGCAGCUGCCGCGGAGCAGCGGGCGGGCCUGAAAGAGCGGCUCAAGGAGUUGACAGCUUCCGACGGCCUGGCUGUGUGCCACUCCGGCCUGCAGCUCGCGCUGAACGCCGAAGGAGUCACGCGCCUGGUGCUCCCGACGGAGCUCUGGGCCUUGCGCCUGGCCGCGGCCGCCUUGAAGGCCGAGGAGGUAAGAGAGCAAUGCGUUGCCCUGUGCGACCUGUGCGAUGAGACAGGAGAUGCGGUGGCAAGAGAGGCUGCAGCGGCCGAGUGGCGGAGCCGAUUCGUCAGCUGA